AGAUGAUUUUUUUUAAUUUGAACACUGUGUAACAAAGAUCCUUUUUGGGCGUUCUUCAAUAACCAGCCUCGUGUAGGCUAAUCACCGUGCGUAACUGGAGAGGAGCGUCGCGGAGCGGCUUUUCUACCUCCACAAAGUAUCUCUGUGUUAUAUGAACAGGUUUCAUGACUGGAACUGCUGGAGUCAUUAAACUGCAAUAAGCAUUUUCUGAAUGUUUAAAGUGCGUUCAGAUCCCUCAGCAUUCCUCGUGUAACGCUUUUCUUUAUUUGUCUUGGGCGACAGAAUCGAGGCAACCCAAAGUUCCGCAGGCGCAGUUCUCCUCCUCCUCGGCGGUGCGGGAGUCCGACUCGGCUGUUGCCGUGGUACUUGCCAGUAGACAGAUAGCAUCGGCGGUAGGAGGGGAUAUAGAGACUCCUGCAGGCUAAUUGUAGCAGCCUGCGAUCGCAGGUGUAUCACUGAUCCGCCUGUGAGGACUCGGGGGCUUCAACCUGAUCGAGCCGCGCUCAGACUUGUGAGUAACAGAAAAAAAAAAACCUGAGAGAAUGUUGCACCAAGUACAAUGAGCGCAGCUUUGUCGCAGACACCAAAAUCCAUAUAUGCUCCGUCGAAUUCAGUUUUGAUGAGCAAUUCUGAGUCGUCUUUGGAAUUUUAAAAAGUGGAUCCCGCGACUUUACAACCAUGCGAAAUACUUGGCUGUCUCCCCGGAGUGCGAUUUGGGAAUACUGGACAUCGCUGAUUGCAUGUCUCUUUUGGAUUCAGUACUCUUACGGGAUGCCUCAUGUUAUUCGAAUAGGUGGGAUUUUCGAACAAACAGAUGGACCUGUUUCACUUGUUAGCGCAGAGGAGCUUGCCUUUAAAUUUGCUGUCAAUAACAUUAACAGAAACAGGACUUUGUUGCCAAACACAACAUUAACAUAUGACAUACAGAGGAUUAAUAUCUACGACAGUUUUGAGGCAUCAAGAAAAGCUUGUGACCAGCUGUCUUUAGGUGUGGUUGCAAUAUUUGGGCCCUCGCAUAGUUCAUCGUCAAAUGCUGUGCAGUCCAUCUGCAAUGCACUGGAAGUGCCACACAUCCAGGUUCGGUGGAAACAUCACCCCAUGGACAACAGGGACAGCUUUUAUGCCAAUCUAUACCCUGAUUAUUCUUCACUAAGCUACGCUAUCCUGGACCUGGUGCAGUUUCUCAAAUGGAAAACAGCCACUGUCGUUUAUGAUGACAGCACAGGUCUUAUAAGACUACAGGAGCUUAUAAUGGCCCCGUCUAGGUACAACAUCAGGCUAAAGAUCCGGCAACUUCCUCUUGACACGCAGGACACGAGACCCCUUCUCAAAGAAAUGAAGAGAAGCCGGGAGUUCCGCAUCAUAUUUGACUGCAGUCACCAAAUGGCUGCACAGAUUCUCAAACAGGCCCAGACCAUGGGGAUGAUGACUGAGUAUUACCACUAUAUCUUCACCACUCUGGACCUGAUGGCCAUUGACCUGGAGCCCUAUCGCUUCUGUGGUGUCAACAUGACUGGCUUCCGCAUCCUCAACGUAGAUAAUCCCCUGGUUGCAUCCAUUGUGGAGAAAUGGUCAAUGGAAAGGCAGAUACCACCUAAACCUGAUUCAGGCCUGCUGGAGGGCAUCAUGACGACAGAUGCAGCUCUGACCUAUGAUGCAGUCCACAUUGUGUCCGUCUCAUACCAGCACGCUCCACAGAUGACGGUAAACUCGCUGCAGUGCCACCGCCACAAACCGUGGAGAUUUGGAGGACGCUUCAUGAGUUUCAUCAAAGAGUCCCACUGGGAUGGUUUGACGGGGAGACUGUCAUUCAACAAGACAACUGGUCUACGUACAGACUUCGACCUGGACAUCAUCAGUCUAAAGGAGGACGGACUUGAAAAGGUUGGGAAGUGGAGUGCGUCGGGAGGUCUUAACAUCACAGAAGUGCCGAAGCGAAAAGGGAUGAACAUCACUGAUUCCUUGGCUAACCGCUCCCUCAUCAUCAGUACCAUCCUGGAGGAGCCAUAUGUCAUGCUUAAGAAGUCUGACAAGGCGCUGGUUGGAAACGACCGCUUCGAAGGAUUCUGCAUCGACUUGCUCAAAGAGCUGGCCAACAUCCUGGGCUUCACGUAUGAGAUCCGUCUGGUGCCUGAUGGGAAAUAUGGCUCUCAGGACGAGAAGGGCCAGUGGAACGGCAUUAUCAGGGAACUUAUAGAACAUAGAGCAGACUUGGCAGUUGCUCCUCUCACCAUCACCUACAUGCGUGAAAAGGUCAUCGACUUCUCCAAGCCCUUCAUGAGUAUGGGUAUCAGCAUCCUCUAUCGGAAACCCAAUACCACCAAUAACGGCUUCUUCUCCUUCUUGAACCCCAUGACUCCUGACAUCUGGGUCUACAUCCUCUUGGCCUACCUGGGUGUUAGCUGUGUCCUGUUUGUCAUUGCCAGGUUCAGCCCAUAUGAAUGGUAUGACGCCCAUCCUUGUAACCCUGGAUCAGAUGUGGUGGAAAACAACUUCACUCUCCUCAACAGCUUCUGGUUUGGAGUCGGUUCCUUAAUGCAACAAGGCUCAGAACUGAUGCCCAAAGCCCUGUCAACCAGGAUCAUCGGUGGGAUCUGGUGGUUCUUCACACUGAUCAUUAUAUCAUCCUAUACAGCUAAUUUAGCAGCUUUUCUCACUGUGGAGAGAAUGGACUCGCCUGUGGACUCAGCCGAUGACAUCGCUAAGCAGACCAAGAUUGAGUAUGGUGUGGUCAAAGAUGGCGCAACCAUGUCUUUCUUCAAGAAAUCUAAGGUUUCUACUUUUGAGAAGAUGUGGGCCUUUAUGAGCAGUAAGCCAAGCACAUCACUGGUGAAGUCUAUUGAGGAUGGGAUUCAGAGGGUGCUGAAGUCUGACUAUGCCCUCAUUAUGGAGUCCACAACUAUCGAUUACAUCACUAGGAGCAACUGUAACCUGACGCAGGUGGGAGGGAUCAUCGACAGCAAAGGCUAUGGCAUUGGCACUCCCCUCGGCUCCCCAUACAGGGACAAAAUCACCAUAGCAAUCCUAAGCAUCUUGGAGGAUGGGCGCCUACACAUGCUGAAGGAGAAGUGGUGGAGUGGGAGCAGCUGUUUGGAUGAAGAACGUCGCGAGACAGGCCCCAUGGGUAUCCAGAACCUGGGUGGUAUAUUCAUUGUGCUGGCAUCUGGCCUAGUGCUGUCUGUUUUUGUGGCAAUUGCUGAAUUCAUCUACAAGCUGAGGAAGACUGCAGAACGUGAGCAGGUCUUUGUGCAGUGCCAUGGUGGACGAGAUCAGACUGUCGUUCACCUGCGAGAGGCGGGUGAAACACAAGCCUCAGCCUCCAGUCAUGGUGAAGACAGAUGCAGUGAUCAACAUGCACGCUUACAACGACCGACGACUCCCAGGAAAGGACAACAUGAGCUGCAGCACUGGGAUGACUCCCGUGUUCCCGUGACAAUGUGUUCCCCCCAGGCCAAAAACCUCCUGAGCAACGUGUCAGGGGUCGUGCCAGAGACUAGAGACAAUGGCAUUGACGGGAUCACCAGAUUCACCGUUAACCACAGUGACAUGGGGACACUAACAAAACAUGGGCAACUCAAAAUGGCAGCAUCAGCCACACAGGUAUGACAACAUUAACCACUGUAUUCCAAACCACAAGAGGUAAAAGAAAUUGUUACGGGAGGUUCUGGGAAAACAGUAUACCCACAUAAUCCGUUUCAAGUCUGAUGUUUACGUGCGCAACACAAAAACACAAAAUACACGUCAAUCGAGGAAUCCUCAAUCAGUGAAAAGAGGUUUUUUUUUUUUUAGAAAACAUGGACUGAAGAAAGAAUAAAGGCUUUGUUAAGAAUGGCAAUAAAUGGCAAAUAUACAUGGAGGCCAAGGAUGAGAUCAGUUUUGGAGAUCAGUUUUGCAACACAUUAAAAUUAUCAAGUACAUACCUUUGUCCUGUUGAUUUGCUCCUGAAUGGCCUUUGACUGCGGAAAAUAAUGUUACCUCAAACAUGUUGUCCUUGCUUGAAUGGUUAUCUCUGAAUCAUGAUCUUUUGAAAGCAUGGUUGUCAGGGACACACAUGAUAACCUGUAAGAAUACUAAUUCAGUAUCUGCAGAAUUGUUACUGAUGGAAACCCACAUCGAGAUAUGACCGUUCAACAGCAAAUAUAUGUUUGUUGAAGUUGUCAUGUGAAAUUAACAAUAUUCUUACAUAGAAGCAAUUAAUCAUUCACGCAAAGCAAAGCUGGAAUAGGGAGAUGUCUUUGUUAAAAGAUUCCAGUAUGGACCAGAAGUACAUUUUAUGUCAAAAUCAUUUUGUACAUUAUUGAAUUUGAAUCAGUUAAAUUGCCAAAGAUCUGACCAUUCAACAGAACUAUUUAUAGGACAAUAUGGGCAGUUUCUCCUCACUAAGCUUUUUAGGGAGCACUUACUUUGUGUUCAGUGCAAAGUAAAUUGGAGUGGUUUAAACAGGACUAUUAAGAGAUCAGUUUUUCCAACCAUGCAGGGUAAUAUGUAUCCAAAGUUAAUUGUAUUUGGCAGUCAUGGCAUUGUAUUUGCUGGUUUUGCGAACCACCUCACCUCAAAUAUUGUACACUGUAAUGUAAAACAAUCAUAUGGGGAAAAAAAGAUCAAUUUCCUGAUAAAAUGUUUUUAUUGAAACAAAACCUUGGUCCUGUGUAAAUACCAAAAGGAUAAUCAUGGAAAUACUGAGAAAUUAUUUGAACCAAUUUCAAAAGUUUGUGCUCACCUUUGAUGAAAUGGCAGCAUGUGUGUACUCUUUAAAAACACACAUUUAUAGACUGAGUUAGAAGGCAUUGGAUCAGGUACUUCUGUGUUAAUCUUAGUUUACUAAAAAAAUGUAAGUCAAAAGGUAAGAGACUGUGACCUUAAAACUAAAAUGCGUUUUUGAGUGCAUUUAAUUGUGACAUUUCCAACUAAAUACUUGACUUUGUCCAUAUGUGGCUACAGGACCACUGAAUGUCCGAAGUACACAUUUUUGAUUCAUUUUUCAUGCGUGAUCUCAAGGCUUUUUGUCAGGAAGUUGAUUGUUUUGCAUCUUGAGCAUUUAAUGGACAAGGGUUUGGUUUAAAUAUGAAAACAUCUUGAAGGUUAUCUCAGACUUGAAAGUCACAAGCUUUUGUUUAAUUACCUAAUGUGGAGAGAGUAAAUCCAUUACCAUGUGGUGAAUAGACAGAAGACAGAUGAUGAUGAUGAUUUUGUGUGUUCAUGUUGACUUUAAUACCUAUUGAAAAUGUACAUGCCGUAGGAAGAUUCAAGGAGUCUGUGAGCUGCUGUCAGCUCACCUGGGAGCUGAACUAACAGCAAACCUCUGUGAGGUUUAUGUUGUUGCAACGUCGAGACAAAAAAAAAAUUGUAACUAUCUAUGAUUCAAAGAAACUCCAAUCUGUAAAACUUAGCAUUGGUUUGGUUAGAGAUUCACUGUAUAAUUGUUUAUCGAUUCCCUUCUGCAAAGUAGAGUAUGUAGAUAAGAUCAGCAGGAGAAAAUGUAUUUUGCUAAAUUUAUACUAUUAUAAAUGAAUUCUGUUCACAGUCAAAUAUGUUAGAGAUGGUAUUUAUUUCAUUAGAGAGGUCACUUUAACCUACUUCCUCACUUUAUCCCAGUUCCACAGCCCCUAAAACCUUGUUUAUUUAUUUAAUGGAUAUGCAUUAUAUUAUGGUAUAUUGGAUUACUAUCAUCCAGAUGGGAAAAUGUAUGUAAAUCUUCUUUUAUGAUGGUUAAUAUAUUUCUACAAGGUGAACAUGAAAUAAAAAUGUUGAGCUUCCCCAAGAAUUAAGGGGACACUCCCUUAGAGUAGGGAAAGUAGGGUUUAUCUUAUGUAACUGGACCUUUACUAAUCUUGAAAUCCCAAUUAGGACCUGGUCUAAAGUAUGGCCCCGGCUGACACAUGGUUAUACUAUAUUACUGUUACCCUUAUGUGUACUGUAGCUUUCCAUGCAGGUGAUUCAAAGACUCAAGUUUGCUUGUAUUUCACCUCUGUAAUAUGUGAAAAUAAUUGAACAUUUCAUCAACAGAGGUUCUGAUUUGGCUGAUUCAGUCACUUUGGUUACUGAAUAUAUACAUCGUUUCUAUGAAUUAAUGUGAAUAAUAUUGUCAUUUUACACAAAAUUGUGUGAAAUGUGAGAGAAAAGUAAUGCAAAAUGUAAGCUACAUAACCGGUGUUCCAUUAGCAGUGUGUGAUAUGAGUUUUGAUUUUCCAGCAGUCACAACGGUAUGCCUUUUUAUGUAUACCUUUCUUUUGAGUUGCACAGCUUCUAUCAUCUGGCAGAAAACCUCUCAAACAACACGGAAAAUAUGUUGGUGCCAACCAGGGUUUUCUUUGUGGACAUGCAGAAUUUCUAUGAAGAUAGUUUUUGUAUGGUUUUGUAAAAAAAAAAGGAGAUAAAAAGAUUUUGUUUUCCUAGUAACUGUAUGUGUUAAGAGAACAUUAAAUAACCGACAUCGAGUAAAACAUGGGGAAAUUCAACAAAAUAUUAUAGAAAAGCUAAUGAAUUAUUUUCUUUUUAUCACAUUGUGAAUAAUUCAAUUGUACAGUUUGCUGUAUGGGUUAUAUGAAAUUUUAAAUAAAAAAUACAAACUAUA